AGAGCUCGUUGGCAUCAAAGAGCCAAGAAACGAGCUAAUCAAAUGGCUCUCUGAUAAGGAUGGGGAUGUGUCAAAACAGAAACUCAAGAUAAUCUCUAUUGUCGGAUUUGGAGGUUUGGGCAAGACAACACUUGCCAAGGUUGUGUAUGACAAGCUUCAUAAUCAGUUCCAUCCUAGAGCUUUUGUUUCUGUGGGUCGGAAUCCUGACGCCAAGAGCGUUCUCAAGGAAAUUCUCCGUGAACUUGGUUAUGAUUCCAGUGCAACAAGCUUAAAUGAAAAGCACCUCAUUGACGAACUCCACAAAUUGCUUCGAAACAAGAGGUACUUCCUAGUGAUUGAUGAUAUAUGGGAUUCCUCAGCAUGGUAUGUUAUUCAAUGUGCUUUCCCGGUAAAUGAUUGUGGCGCUAGUGUGCUGACUACUACCAGGAUUCUCUCCGUUGCGGAUGACUGUUGCAAACACUGCAGAGGAUAUGUGUAUAAGAUGAAACCACUAAGUGAUCAGGACUCAAGAAAACUAUUUGUUAAUAGAAUAUUUGGAUCUCAAGAAGCUGGCCUAGAUGUACCAGAAGAGAUUUCAGCUGAUAUUUUGAAAAAAUGUGGUGGCUUGCCACUUGCUAUUAUCAGUACAGCAAGCCUUCUUGCUCAUAACCCAAGGUCAAGAUGGGAUUCUGUGAGGAAUUCUUUGGUGUCCAUGUUUGAAGGAGACCAAGAUGAACUGAAACAAAUGGAGCGAAUAUUGGAUCUAAGCUACAGGCAUCUCCCUCACCAUCUUAAGACAUGCCUACUUGAUAUUGGUCGGUAUAGAGAGGACUACGAGAUAGAAAAGGAUACGUUGUUGAGGGAAUGGGUAGCUCAAGGUUUUGUGAGUAGGACUCGUAUGCGCGAUGCGGUGGAUGUUGCAGAAGACUACUUCUACGCGCUCAUCAACAUGAGCAUGAUCCAACCUUGGACGAUGGAGGACGAUGAGGUAGAGACCUGUAGAGUACAUGAUAUAAUGCUUGAUCUUAUCAGAUCCAAGGCCGCAGAAGAGAAUUUCAACCUUGUGAUAAAUGGCCCAGAAGUCGUGGCAGGGGAACAUAAAAGGGUGCGCCGAGUCUCUAUUUGCUAUGAUGGUGAACAAGAUGGCGCAAUACUGGCAGCCAUCAAGGGGUCACUGUCGCAUGUUCGAUCAGUCUUACUUUUCAGGGGGGUCACUUGUGCCUUCUUUUUUGGUAUUGAAGUUGUGUGCAGUACAACUGGAGAAUAUGUGAAGCUACCUGAUCAAAUUGGGGAGCUACAGCAAUUGGAGACAAUAGAAGUUGAGAUCUCAGAUUGUUUCCUAGGCAAACCGACAUCUCUUCCACCGGAUAUUGUUAGGUUGUCCCGGUUAAUGCAUCUCAGUUAUACAGGAUCAGGUUUGGUGUUGCCUGACGGGAUAGGCAAGCUGAGAUCUCUUCGCACCCUACAAGCCGUUGAUCUUUUGGAAAGCUCGGCGGAGAAUAUUAAGGGCAUCGCCGAGCUGACCUGCUUGCGACAACUCAAGAAAUGCUCGACUUUCCAUUGUUAUGAUGAGAAGGUGCAUAAAUUGGAGUGGAAGAUGCGCAUGGAUGCAUUGCGAAGGCUCUCCGGCAACCUCAGGAGCUUUAUUAUGGGAGAUGACUGCCACAUCGUAGUACCGGCCCAUGACUGA